AUGUCUGGAAACUGCUCUAAUGGAUCUUCCCAAGAGGUCAAGAUCCUCACGCCCAUAGGCAUGCUAGGCUAUGGCCUCUCUACUCCCCUUCUUAUCUCCAGUAUCCUCACCCACCGCCCUAAUGCAAUAAUUAUGGACUCUGGCUCUACCGAUUCUGGUCCUCAAAAGCUAGCGCUCGGACAAACCACUACUCCCAAGGCUUCCUACGUCCGCGACCUCACCCCCCUCCUUGCGGCCUGCCACAAGUAUAAGCUCCCCGUCAUCAUCAGCUCUUGUGGCGGUGACGGCUCCAACGAUCACGUCGAUUUAUUCCUCAAUAUCGUCAAUGCCCUCUCCGAAAAACAUGGAUACUCCUUUAAGGUUUUAACCCUCUAUACCGAGAUUCCCAAACCUACCAUCCUACAGCACCUCGCUGCUGGUAAGAUCAGUCCAUGCGGCCCGGUGCAUGCACUUACACCAGAGCUACUCGAUGAAACACCUCAAGUGGUCGCUCAAAUCGGCCACGAGUCCAUCCUGGCGGCCAUGGAAUCAUAUCCCGAUUUUGAUAUCAUUCUGACUGGACGUGCGUACGAUCCGGCGCCCUAUGCAGCUUUUUGCUCUUUCAAGAGCGGGGGUAGAAUAGGGCUAGGUGUAAGCUACCACAUGGGAAAGAUCAUGGAGUGUGGGGGCCUCUGCGCAGUGCCAAAAUGUAAGAGUGCCUUGGCAACGGUACGGGAGAAUAGUUUUGAUAUUAUGCCGCUGGAUGAAGGGUCGCGAUGCACCACGCUGAGUGUGGCGGCACAUACGUUAUAUGAGAAGGCGCGUCCAGAUAUACUGUUGGGACCUGGAGGGUAUCUAGAUUUGACCGUGUCUGACUACAAAGAGCUGCCAGAUGGAAAAAGUGUCAGGGUCCAAGGAGGCUUGUUUGUUCCGGCCCCUGCGGGCAAGUACACACUUAAGCUCGAAGGCGCGAGGUCCUGCGGGUAUCGCAGUAUCUUUAUUGGUGGGAUCAGGGACCCGAUACUUAUCGCACAAAUUGAAGGAUUUCUUCAGAAAGUUGAAAAGUAUGUCACAGCGCAGAAUCCCGGUGUGGAAUACAAAAUACUCUUCCACACUUAUGGCAAGGACGGCGUCAUGGGCGCGUUUGAACCCGUCAUCGAGCCUUCCCCACACGAGUUGUGUAUUAUUGGAGAAGUACAGGCAGAGACGCAAGAACUGGCUACAUUGAUCUGCAGCACUGCGAGGGUUGCUUGUGUUCAUGGUCCAUAUCCAGGGCAGCUGGCGACGGCAGGUAAUAUGGCAAUGCCGUUUAGCCCGUUGGAUAUUGAGAUGGGGGCUGUGUGUGAGUUCAGUGUGUACCAUCUGAUGGUGGUUGAGGAUCCCGAUUCAUUCGUUAAGACCGUCGUGGUUGAUAUCAAUUCGAGGAAGGAACCUCGAAUAGAAGACGAGGACGUUGAUGGUCAGAGCGCAGCCGGCCCGGAGAAGAAUUCAGUUCAUUCAGCCCCUCGUCCAUCUCCGCCAGUGCCGGAGAAGGAAAAUAAUAACGGUAAACCGGUGUACCUAUCCGACGCCGCAAAGGUUAUUCGCUCCAAAAACGCUGGCCCAUUCGAGUUGACACUUGACGUGAUGUUCCCAGCCACCUCGGCGCAUAUAUACCACAAAAUCAAAGCUGCAGAUCCACCAGUGCUCUCAGCUGGGGUCAUCGCAGAACUGUAUCAAAUGAAAGGAAGGGAAGAUGAGGUUGUUGCGGUUUGGUGGGAUCAAGCGUUGGCGUUCAAGGCCACUAUUCCAAGGCCAAGGCCUAGUGGUGGUUUUGGUGAAAGGGAUGUGCAUGCAUCCCAGUUUCACGCGCCAUUGUUGGGAGUGAAGAUAGAUCAUUUGAACCUGGAUCUGGAGUAA